AUGGGUACUCCAUCCUCAUUACCCAUAAACCCUAACCCCAGCCCCAGUCCGCCAUUACCUCAGUCCCCACCACCACAAACGCCGCCAUUACCACAAUCACCACCACCUCAGUCACCGCCCCCGCCCCCAAGCCAAAUACCACCUCUCAUUCCGCCGACUCCCCUCUCGCCGCACUCCGAGCCGCCAAAUGAAACACAAAUUCCUGACACCCAUUCCCCAGAACCUGCGCCUACCCAAACAAAAACAAAAGGGAAAACAAAAAGGGCCGCAGGUAGACUCAAAGAAACCCCUGUCGGAAAAAGGAAACGAGUACCCUCUAUCCCUUUCGACUUAAACUCUCCACCUCAGUCCUCUGAACCAGUUAGCAAAAGGACUAGGUCUUCCUCGCAAACCCCAAAGACCAAAGAUCCAAACACCAAGAACUUGUCUCCCUUGCAUUCUCCAAAGACCGCUUCAUCUGCAGAUACUAUAGAGGAGGAUUCGGGGUAUAAAAACAUUGAGUGGCAGCAAACUGCUUAUGACCUGUUCAAUUCUCGAAAGAAAUUGCACCAUUUUUGA